UAUUAUAUUUAGCACAAAAAGUGUAGUCAUUGGUAUAAAAAUAGCAAUCAUCCCAUAGUUCCGAAAUCGAAGAGAAUUGAAAAGACGAUUCUUGUGUCUGAAAUUCCAGAACAAUCUUCUCUCUUAAGUUUUUUCUGUAGUUGAAUUGAAUUGAAGAAGAAAUGGCGGAUCAGCUAACCGAUGACCAGAUCUCUGAGUUCAAGGAGGCCUUCAGCCUAUUUGACAAGGACGGAGAUGGUUGCAUCACGACUAAGGAGCUUGGGACUGUGAUGAGGUCGCUGGGACAGAACCCCACUGAAGCAGAGCUCCAAGACAUGAUAAACGAGGUGGAUGCAGAUGGUAACGGAACCAUUGACUUCCCUGAGUUUCUAAACCUCAUGGCCAGGAAAAUGAAGGAUACUGACUCCGAGGAGGAGCUGAAAGAGGCAUUCAGAGUGUUCGACAAGGAUCAAAAUGGCUUCAUCUCUGCAGCUGAGCUUCGUCAUGUGAUGACUAACCUUGGGGAGAAGCUUACUGAUGAAGAAGUUGAUGAGAUGAUUAGGGAAGCAGAUGUCGAUGGUGAUGGUCAAAUUAACUAUGAGGAGUUUGUUAAGGUCAUGAUGGCCAAGUAAUUUCACCAUCUCUUAUUUAAGUUGAAGUUUAGACUUGUUAAAAAUGUGAAAAAUCCAAAAAUAUUUCAUUGGAUAGGAUUUGCCUAGUGUAAUGUGUUUCGUUGUACCAUCUGGAUGUAUUGGACCUGGGAAUGAAUGUAAUGCUUUAUUGUAAGAGUGGUGGAGCAUCUUUCCUCUUCUUCUUCUCUAUAUUCUUUUGUGUACUACUCUUAAUUGAUGAAUGCAGUUUCAUUAUCAGCA